AUGGGACGGCUCUCACCAAAAUCAGUUGCUCCCAAGCAAAGUCUAAAUACAAAAGAUACUUCAAAAUCUCAAGAAAUCGCCCAGCCUACCUCAAGCGAUGGCCCGCCAAAGCCCUCAGGGAACGAGCCUGCGAAGCGCAUUAAUACUGCGUCGGCUGGAUAUUCAUCACAACUUCCUCCUCGCAACGCUCCAAAAGAAACUUUGAAUCCUCGCAUGCUUGCCCAUGCACCGGCAACUCAUGGCAGUCGGACUACCAUUCUCCAGAAGCUACACUCAGCCAUGACUGCUCUCAACGAAAAGCUACGAAAGGACAAGAAUAGCUCGAAUAGAUGUUUUGUCCUAACCCCCGACGAAAUUAUCACAAUGGCUCUAGAUGAGGAAGAGAAAUUCGCGAGGGACAGUCCAAGCGUUUACGGCAACGUUAUCAAACUUCGAAUCGUGAGAGUUACAAAGAUGGGUGUCGACGAAUGGGCCAAGGAGGUGAUGUCCCAUCUGAAUGCGCGAUAUUAUAAGAUAAAUCCCAUUCAGAAGCCGCCGGCCAUUCCCAGGCCUAUCAAUACAGGUCUCACCCCCGCAGAAGAAAUCGCAGUUGUAUCCCAGCUAGUCACACCUCUCACUGGCCUCGAAGAACAUGGAUAUGUCACGAAGCAGCCCACAAAUGCAGACAUAGAAACCGCCAAGAGAGGCGUUGGUGAGUCCAAGGGCUGGGAGAAGUGUGAUAGAUGCGGUCAACGAUUCCAGGUAUUUCCAGGUCGUCGCGAGGAUGGUGCACUGGCCAGCGGUGGCCCCUGUAACUAUCAUCCAGGACGGCCUGUUUACCCUCAGCGCAAGAAAACAGAUCAUGUCACCGGUCCCUCCCAGCCAUACUUCCCCUGCUGCAGCGAAGCACUGGGAACGUCUACCGGCUGCACCAGAGCCGAGACACAUGUGUACAAGGUCUCGGAGACUAAGCGACUUGCAUCCAUCCUCCAGUUCCAGACAACCCCAUCUCAACCAGGAAAAGGACCUCUGGAACCGGUCUCUAUUGAUUGUGAGAUGGGCUACACGACCUUAGGUCUCGAACUGAUUCGUCUCACUGCGGUCAGCUGGCCUAAAGGCUCUGACCUCCUUGAUGUGCUGGUCCGGCCUAUGGGCGAGGUAUUAGAUCUGAACACACGCUUUUCCGGUGUCACGCCACAACACUAUGCUUCUGCUAGCCCGUAUGGGACUCCAAUUCCCAGCAACAAUUCACCGUCAGCAGACGAGAAAAAGAAAACCAACCCACCCUUGCAGCUUGUUCAGUCACUCGCGGAGGCGCGCGGGCUACUUCUGAAGCUCCUCCAGCCUGACACGCCUCUCAUCGGCCAUGCAAUCGACAACGACCUCAACGCUUGCCGUAUCAUCCACCCCACGGUCAUUGACACCGUUCUCCUGUACCCCCACCCUAGAGGUCUCCCCAUUCGCAUAAGUCUCAAGGCGCUUGUUCAAAGGCACCUUGGCCGCGACAUCCAGGUCGGGGACAAUGGGCACGACUCAAGGGAGGAUUCCAUUGCUACCGGUGAUCUUGUGAGAGUGAAAGUGAGCGAGAAAUGGAAACAGCUGAAGAAGAAGGGACAUAAAAUUGAGGAUGGCAAGUUGGUCCGUCCGGAUGGCCAAGUAGCAACAAUCACAUCUUCAUGGACGACGGUCCAGAAGAGCAAGUCCAGCAGGUGA